CAAACCUCAAUGCAGCAAUUGCAACUCUUUUGCAAAGCAGCUAGAAGUCUUAGACCAGUGGUAUUUUAACAGGCCGAUGGUGAGGUUCAAAGAACAAAAUGCUUCCUCACUUAAUAGCCUUCCUCACCAUCGGCCUGUUGAAGCAACAGGUACAAGGCAUAAUACAGCAUCUCCAGGCCAUCGAGACAGAACGCAAUGCAAAUGCACGUGUCCAUGAUAGUUACCUGCGCCACACCCUCGAGCCUCUUAUAGAUAUCGUUACUCGCGCACAAAUUAGAGUAUUUCCAACAUCACUUGCAGUUAUCGACGGAAUGAGCAGUACAGACAUACACAGAAUCUCUGACGAAAGAUAUUCGGUAUGGUGCGGGAUCAGUCUAAGCUACGGUACCUACGCUCAUAGUAAAAUGGACGAAAAAAUGCGACAAAGCACAUAAAAGGUGAUAUCGAAGUAUUUGAUCUAUCCCCGAUAGGAAUGGAUUCUGCAACCAUUGCAUAUCGAGCACGAUUCAGGGAGAAUUUUCGACCUUAGAUCUUAUAAGGCUGGUAUUUAGUCCACUCAAACACUUGUGUAUAGUACGGUUUAUUUUUGACCACAUAUCAUAUCCACUCACGGGGAUAACUGAAGUAUCGUCUUCAGCACCGAGAGAUGGCUUAUAGGUGCCAGAUAGAUAGAUAGGCCCAUCCAUUACGAAAGAAUCAAUCAUCCUCCC